UGUAAACACACUCCCCUCUAUAUAAAUAUGCCCCUUUCCCUCCACAUUUUGUACUAAGCUCUCAACCCCCCACCCCUCACCAUCCCUUCUCAUCUCCCACUCCAUUUUUCCUAAUUACUACAUUGCAUUUUAGUUUCUGCCUCUCUUUUUCAAUGGAUGCUUCCAUGAGCUCUCUUGUAUUGUUCUUGUUGUUGGGCUUAUGCUUGUGCUUGCCCGGAGCCUACGGUGAUUACGGGGGAUGGGAUAGCGCUCACGCCACCUUUUAUGGUGGUGGGGAUGCAUCCGGCACAAUGGGUGGUGCUUGUGGGUACGGUAAUUUGUACAGCCAAGGAUACGGUACAAACACAGCAGCACUAAGCACUGCUCUUUUCAACAAUGGAUUGACCUGUGGGGCGUGCUACGAGCUGACGUGCUCGGGCGAGCCGAGAUGGUGCUUGCCGGGCACCAUCACGGUCACCGCCACCAAUUUCUGCCCUCCCAACCCCUCUCUGCCUAACGACAACGGUGGGUGGUGCAAUCCGCCCCGCCAACACUUCGACUUGGCCGAGCCUGCUUACUUGCAAAUUGCCCAGUACAAAGCAGGAAUUGUUCCGGUCUCUUUCCGAAGGGUGCCCUGCCAGAAAAAGGGGGGAAUAAGGUUCACAAUCAAUGGCCACUCCUACUUCAACCUAGUCUUGGUUACCAAUGUGGGCGGUGCAGGGGACAUUCGUUCCGUGUCGAUCAAGGGAUCCAACACUGGAUGGCAACCCAUGUCGAGAAAUUGGGGUCAAAACUGGCAGAGCAAUUCCUACCUCAACGGUCAAAGCUUGUCAUUUCAAGUCACCACCAGCGAUGGUAGAAUCAUUACUAGCUAUGACGUUGCGUCCACUGGUUGGCAGUUCGGACAAACAUUUGAAGGGGGGCAAUUCUAGUUGCAUUAAGUAAUAAAAGCUAGAGAAAUUAUUUCAAAAGCUUUUUUUUUUUUUUCUUUUAAAACUUAUUAUAAGAGGACAAAAAGGAUCGAAUUGAAUUGUAUAUGGCAUAAAGGGUGAGUAGGAGUGGAAGAGGCUCCGAGAGCUGUGGUGGCAGGAUUGCGCCCGCUUAGGCCUAAUAUAUGUGUGUAGUGAAGUUAUAGCGAUCGAUUUUCUCUCUUUUUUUUAAAGGAGAUAUUCAAAUGGUGGGUGAAAAUUACGGAAUGUAUCCACCAAAACUAUCAUGUAUAAGUUUGUAGGUUUGAUCCCUAACUCAGUACAAAUGUUGAGUUGGGGCUACUUAAUAUGAUUGAAUACGCUUUUAUGGGGCAUUAAUUUU